GGUUUGGAAGUGAAGACGUGAGAAAAAUGUGUCGAGCAAAUUAUCAGAAUGAUGAAGGAGCUCAUCAUAGUGAUGAAGACUGUUAUCAGGUGAAUCACCAGAAUGAUGAAGACUGUUGUCAAGUAAAUCAUCAGAAUGAUGAAGGAGCUCAUCAUAGUGAUGAAGACUGUUAUCAAGUAAAUAAUCAGAAUGAUGAAGGAGCUCAUCAUAGUGAUGAAGACUGUUAUCAAGUAAAUCGUCAUAGUGAUGAAGACUGUUGUCAAGUGAAUCACCAGAGUGAUGAAGACUGUUAUCAAGUAAAUCAUCAUAGUGAUGAAGACUGUUGUCAAGUGAAUCACCAGAAUGAUGAAGACUGUUGUCAAGUGAAUUACCAGAGUGAUGAAAACAGUUGUCAAGUAAAUCACCUGAGUGAUGAAGACUGUUGUCAAGUGAAUCACCAGAAUGAUGAAGACUGUUGUCAAGUGAAUUACCAGAGUGAUGAAGACUGUUGUCAAGUAAAUCACCAGAGUGAUGACGUCUGUUGUCAAGUAAAUCACCAGAGGGAUGAAGACUCUUGCAUACUAGCCAAGAAAUUGUCACAGAAAGAAGAAUGGAUCUCAGUCAUUAACAAAGAAAAACAAGAUAUUUUUUUUAACACCAUGAAUUUGAAGAAUAACGAAGAACCUUCUCCAGUGGCCUCGAGGAACCAGGUUAUUUUGUCCACCAGACGUCUAGAACAUUUCACAUCCACACCAACUGAUGACACCAGACGUCUAGGUUCUGUUCCUGAUCAUGUCACAUCCAUACCAACUGAUGACACCAGAAGUCUAGGUUGUGUUCCUGAUCAUGUCACAUCCACACCAACUGAUGACACCAAACAUCCAGAUUCUGUUCCUGAACAUUUCACAUCCACACCAACUGAUGAAACCAGAAGUCUAGGUUGUGUUCCUGAUCAUGUCACAUCCACACCAACUGAUGACACCAAACAUCCAGAUUCUGUUCCUGAACAUUUCACAUCCACACCAACUGAUGAAACCAGAAGUCUAGGUUGUGUUCCUGAUCAUGUCACAUCCACACCAACUGAUGACAUCAAACAUCCAGAUUCUGUUCCUGAACAUUUCACAACCAUACCAACUGUUGGAGUAUUAGCUCUGUCAAAUCAGGUGGGUAUGAGAGACCCGGUCAGUCAAGCCUCUGAAAGUUCAGUCGAAGCUCAAGAAACGCCAAACUUCAAAAGGAGUCAGAACGACCUUUUGACAUCUACAUCUUCUUCCAAAGAACCAACUGCAUUUUGCUUAAAAUCCUUUGGAUUCACCGAAGAAAGCUACCUGGAGCCUCAAGACGAGUCGGGACAGGAAAACUCGUCUGUAAAUGACGAAAUGUGUCUCAGUGGUUAUCGUCUUAAAGACGGAAAUCUUAACAUAUGCGCAG